GAUGUGUACAUUUUACAAUGCGAUUCACUUAAAGGUGUAGCAUGAUUACAGAGUUGGAUUUUUGUAUUUUCCAUAAUAGCGCAUCACGCGCAUAAACGUUAAAUACUGAAAAUAAAGAAACAUUAUCACAAUGGGAGGUGGCAAAAAUCAAAAGGGUGGUAAACAUGGUUUUAUCGGCAGGACUUUGGCCCAUGAUAUCCUAGCUAGACAGUUGAAGCAAUGUGAAAACAUGAGUGGAGACAAACCCUAUCGUCAACCAGAGUACUCAGUAGUUGAGAGAAACAGCUUGGAUGAGUUCACUAUGGCCGCUGAAAUGGGUUUAGUUAGUUAUCUAAACACACAUGGAGGAACUAGAGAAGUGGCAUCGUCUGAUUUCAAUAGCCAGUUAGCGAGGAUGGUCAACUACUCGGAUGCUGAUGAUAAUGAGAAAUUCCCAGUGGUACCCAUACCACGCAGAUGUUUAUUCUUUGGUGAUGAGGAAAGAGAAGCCAUAGGGAGACUCAUUAAGCAGAGGGAAUAUAUGCAGAGCAUAAAGGAUAAAAGAAGAAAUAAACGCAAAAAUAAAAAAUUGGUUGAUCUAUAUAUGCACGGCACUGGCCCUAGACCUGUGAAUGGAGUAUUCGAUCCUAGACGCCUACAGAUGCUAGAAAAACAAGUCAGACAAGGAGCUGAUAAAAAAAGUGAUGUCGAUGAAUUUAGCUCGGACCCUUCUGAAGACGAUCAUAUGGAAACACUAUCAACUGAUUUUAGUGGUUAUGACAGCGAUAGCGAAGGAGAGACUGAAAGUAAAGGGCCCAUACCAGAGGCAAUAGCAAGCAAAAACUCGUUUUUCAAUAUGGAAGGGACACAAGGUUGUUUUAAGGUUGAUCAGGAAAGUACGCUCGCAAGUGAUGUGAUAUCAGCAGAGUCGAACACUUCCCAAAAGAGUCUUGAGAAUUUUGACAAUGUCAAGCAACAUGUUACUGUUAUGCAAAAACAAGGAUUCUUAAAUGGAUAUAAGAGUGACACAUAUGACGUAAAUGUGGAUUGUGUUAGUGAUGAUAGCAGUGAUUACGAAGACGUAGAUACGUUUAGCGAUGAAUAUAGCGAUAUAAGCGACGACGACAGCAGUGGUUUUGUAACUGAAGAAGAGGUCGAGGCUAAUACCGACACAAACUGUGUUACAAACCCAUUGAAUAACAUGGCAUCAAAUGAGAAGUUCACUGUCCUGAAACAUAAACCUGAUUUAAAGUAUGUAAAGGAAUAUAAAAAGGCUAUCGAGGAAGAAGUUAACGGCAUCGAUAUUUGCAUGAUAGAUGCAAACGAACUUAACCGUAUAGAAACCAAAUGCUUUUAUGCUUGGAGGAGAUUGCUUUCUAGAAUUGAAGAUGAAGAAGAUAGAGUUGUUACACCUUAUGAAAAAAAUAUUGAGUUUUGGAGGCAACUCUGGAGAGUAAUAGAACGUAGUCAUUUGCUGCUUGUAAUUGUAGAUGCCAGAGAUCCACUAUUCUAUAGAGUGCCAGACCUAGAGGAUUAUGUAAAGGAGGUGGAUUAUAGAAAAGAAACCAUACUUAUACUCAACAAGGCAGAUCACCUUUCAUUAGAACUGAGAAAAGCGUGGGCCAACUAUUUUAAAUCUAAAGGUGUCGACUUCAUCUUUUUCUCUACCAUCCCAGGAAAAUGUGAUUUUGAGUACAAGGAACUAUCAAGUGAAGAUACGGCAUAUAGAAUCCAUGAUGCUGAUAUGUUGUUUAAAAAGAUCGAUAUAUAUCGCAAGAAACAAAGGUCAAUAUUUCCCGAACUACGUCAGGAGGACACUUCUGAUAUGCCAGUGUACACAGUCGGCUGUGUUGGUUACCCUAAUGUGGGAAAAAGUUCACUAAUCAAUUGUCUUAUGGAAGUAACGAAAACCAAUGUGAGUUGUCAACCUGGAAAAACGAAACACCUGCAAACGCUGGCAUUAAAGAAGUAUAAUAUCACAUUAUGUGAUUGUCCAGGUUUGAUCUUUCCAAACAUCGUGGCCAAUAAACAUCACCUUCUCGUAAAUAGUAUUGUUUCAACGGCACAUUUCAGGGGUAGUCUUAUUUUUGCGGUACAACUCAUAUGCAACCGUAUCCCAAACCAGUGUUGUGAACGUUACGACGUGGACAGAGCAGAGUGCAUUACAAUAAAUAAGAAUAAGAAGCCUAUUUUACUGAGUACCAAAUUUCUGGAGUGCAUAUGUAACAGCAGAAAAUUCUUCUCUGGCGGUAAAGGAGGACAACCCGACCUAGGAAGGGCAGCAAAACUGGUAGUCAAAGAUUAUGUCAAUGGCAACCUGUUGUAUUGCGCUUGGCCACCUGAUUUUAAGCCAAGUGUAGUGGAAUGUGAGCAUGUGGAUACCCUAGCGGAGUGUUUGGCGACACUUAAUAUCGGAAAACAAGCCAAUGUAACAUCGGAAGGCUAUUUGAAAGUUCCUAAAGAAAUACGUGCGGAGGAAUCGAAAAUGAAUGAUUGGCUUAUGGCCACAUCUGGUGAUAUACCACAGGAACAACCACAAGCAAUUACUAAGCGUAAAAUGAGAUUCCUCUUAAAGGGCAAACGGAAACUAGAAACGAAACACAAAACAAGUGGACACAAUCCAUACAAUUGAAAUAAUGUUAUAUUGUAAAC